AGGGUAGUGGGUUGGGGGGGUGCGCGAGUGGGAAGCGAAGCCGGUCGCGACGGACCACGGCCGAGGGAGGCCGCCCCGCCCCGGUACCACCCGACAGAUUCCUCGUCUGAACCGUACUUGCAUUCCAUUUCCGCCCCGCAGCGCCUGCCUCAGAUCCGCGUGCGCUGCGCCCCCAAUUCCCACCCCCUCGCUCGCUCACUCACACACGCGCACAGUCGCACACGCGCUCGCGAGAGAGACAGCCAGCCCAGCCGGCGGGCGACGCAGGCAGGCAGGCAGGCAUGGCCACCUCCAGCGGCGGCCAGUCGUCGCCCCGCGCGGCCUCCGACCUCGCCGUCAUCCCCUCCUACCCCGAGAUGAUCGUGGAGGCCAUCGCGUCGCUCCGGGAGCCCAACGGCUCCAGCCAGGCCGCCAUAGCGCGACGCAUCGAGGCGGCCCACGGCGCCGGCGGCGACCUCCCGCCGUCCCACCCCGCGCUCGUCGCCGCGCACCUCUCCCGCAUGUCCGCCGCCGCCGAGCUCGUCGCCUUCGCCGGGGGCAAGUACGCGCUCCCCCCGCCGCCCUCGCGGUCCCCCGCCGAGGAGGAGGACAUGGAGCCCGAGAGGGAGGAGGAGGAAGAGGAAGACGACGACGACGACUCCGAAGACGCGCCGCUGCCGCUGCCGCCCCCGCCUCCCGCCAAGCGCGGCCGCGGCCGGCCCCCCAAGGUGCGCCCGCCAGGCUACCCCGGCGGGCCUCCCGCCACCAUCGGCGCCCCUCCCAGCGACGGACUAGCAGUCGCCGUCGCCACCGCGCCGCGCCGUCGCGGCCGCCCGCCCAAGCCGCGGGACCCAGACGCGCCGCCCAAGAUCCCGCGCCCGCGCGGCCGGCCGCGCAAGAACCCGCUCCCGGACGGCAUGGUGCCGGUCCCGCGGCCCGUGUCCACCACGACCAAGCCGCGCCCGCAGUUCGCCGAGGUCGGCUUCGUGUGAGCGAGGCCGGGCCGGAGCGAGCGAGCUAACAUUUCCACUUGUGCCCGGCGUGUCUUCCCUUCAGCGUGGGGGUCAUUUCUCCGUUCGUGUUGUUCUAAUUCGUGGUGGAAGACGAGACGAUGCAGCAGCAGCAGCAGCAGCGUUCGUCCGGUGAGUGAGUGUGGGUGGUGUGUCAGUCCGUGGUGUGGUAUUGGUCGCCGGAGGGGUGGGUGUCGUGUCGUCUCCCCCGGCGACGGUGUAUCCCUCUGUAUCUCUGUCAGCUCGCACACAAUGCAUUGCCACUUAGUCCAUCAUUUCAAUUCCUUCCA